AGGGCGCGGCGCCAGGCGCAGCCGCUCAGCAGGUACCGCCGCAGGACGGCCAACGCCAGGGAGCGCGAGCGCAUGCGCGAGAUCAACGCCGCGUUCGAGGCGCUGCGGCGCGCGCUGCCGCCCGGCCACCCCCAGGAGCUGCAGGAGCAGGCCGGCGACAAGGUCACCAAGAUCGCGACGCUGCGGCUCGCCAUCCGCUACAUCGCCGAGCUGACGCGCGCGCUCGAGGCCGUGUCCUCGGCGCAGCUGCCGGAGGAGCCGGACUGCGGGCCGCAGAGGGCGCUGCCGCCCGUCUCGUCGCUGCUCACGCUGACUGCCGGCCCGCUGCCGGGGCUGCGGGACGACGACAGCCCGCUGCCGCUGCCGCUGCCACUGUGUCUGACGCCGCCUCCCGGCCUCGAUGACCUGUGCCUCGAACCACGGUGACACCCAUUGAUCUCGAAACUAUGGAUGUCGCCUGCAAGAAUCAUGAGCGGUUCUUCGACAGCUCGGCCGAAUGGCACCUGAUUCCACACGUCUCCACAGACGCUUCCACUGGGUGAUGGUUGGUGCUGUCGCUAAACAUCCAGCAUACAAGACAGAUUGCAAAUGUGUAUGUGGUACCACUGCCUGGGUUUCAAGUGUUCGACCUGAAAAAUUUAAGACAUAUUACGACUGCUCUCGGCAGACCCAGAGAUAAAACCUUAUCUCUGAGACAAUAUAUGAACUUCCCUCCCCGAUUUUGUGUGAGCACCUCAGUGCUUGUAGAAACGACUCAACCAAAUAAAU